GCGGAAAAGGAAAAAAAGAAAAAGGAAAAAAAAGAAAAAAAAAGAAAAGAAAAAGAAAAAAAAAAAGAAAAAGAAAAAGAAAAAAAAAGCUAGACACACCUCGUGCCCGCUGACGUGGGGGUUGCACCCGCCUAUCGGUGGAGAACAAGGUACUUGAGGUAAUUGUGCUUGAUCGUGGUUCCCACUCUUUGCAGCGGCCACCAGCUUUGUUGACAUUUACCCAAAACGCUUGGUUUUCUCGUUUGUUUCUUCACCUGAUAUGCUCACCCGUGUCCAGUGACAUAUCACAUCACCAAGGCGUUUCCUAAAAAUACACCAAAAAAAGGCCGCCAGGGCUGCCGACGGGCUAGCUUGGUGUCGCAUAAUAGUGUGAGACACGCGGUGGAUGCCCCGGAAAGAAGACCGGAAGCCAUACGCGUGCCCUUUGCCGAGCCACAGCUGUGCGCUCUAUCAAGUCCCAUCAUCGAGCCCCCUGGCCUGACGAUCGAUCCGGCCCCCGUAUCGGCCAACAGGGAAGUUCGGGGGGAUUUGGUUUACAUGUCAAUGGCGUGGCAAAACAAAUUCCCAGCAGUCACCCAAGAACCCCAGCAUGGGUCCCAAUUCGACACCGAGUAUGCGGUACCACACCCGCUGUAUCCGGGGCACGCCUCCGGGGUGGCCCCCUUUGCUGCAGACAUUCCCGGCGACAGAUGCCAAACGCCGAUGGCUUCUCAACAUUGAUACCCGCCAAGCCCCUUUGGAUGUCUGUGUACGUACCAACCUUGGCCACUGAAUAGGGGGAACGUGCUCCCGGCAAGCACUAAAAAAGAGGCACAGAGAAAAAUGAAAGAAAAAAAAAAAGAUAAAAGAAAAAACCUUAAUCAAGCUACUGCACCAUCGGAAGUCGCACCACAUCAUCCCUUUGGUUGAGCCUGGGCCCCACUGCUCCUUCCUUUGCCUUUGCCCGACGGCCGCCAUCGAGAUGUCCCAAUGCAUGGGUCCCUAUCCGUCAUCCGCCUCAUCUUAUCCGAUGUCCCUGAGUGAUUGGGUUUUGAUGGGCUCCUGACCUGGGCCUCGUAGCCCUGCUAGGGAACACUUGCUCAUCAAUGGAGGGGGCCUGCCAGCGAGGGUCUCACCGAUCCACGGCUUGAUAUAUAUGUAGCCAGGUGGCCACCGACUGCCCCGACGACGACAUAUUCGCUAGAUCUAAACUCCAGACCAUUCAAGAAGCCUAGACCAUCCUUCCAUAUCCCACCUCAUUGUUUCCCCCACUUGGCGUCAUUCAUUACCUCUCGUGCAGCCUAGAUAAGGGACAGCCGACAACUAGCCCCCCACCAACGGUGACCAACCAGCCCUUGCUUUCGCAAGUCAUCACCUUCAUACGUCAGCCAUGGCCGUCCAGACAGUACCCGAUUCCAGAGUCGGGUUCUCCUCCACGCGGGAAGCGAGGGCAAUACUCGAGCGCAUCCUGAGAAUGGUGUCGCUCCCGCCCGAGGUUGAAGACAUCGCAAGGGCCGCCAGCUUUGUGUCUUCGCGUGACCUCCCCUACUUCCCCAUCCCCUUGAAGGAGACGGAGCUCGGAGCGGCACUCAAGGCCAUCGAGGGCAGCUUCGCACGUGCCUUGGCCGACACGCGGGACCGCCAGCCCGUCGCAUUGCAGCAUGGAGGCAGCAACAAGAUCACCGUCAACCUGGAGCGGACAACCGCUUUCCUGUUCCAGACAUACUUGUCUAGCAUAGGGGGCUUGAGCAAGCUGGACCCUAACGUCAAGGAAUUCCUCAAAGACACGGACCUGCUGAGGGCCCAGUCGGACCCGUACCGGCGCAUGUCGGCGAACCUGUACGCGACGGCGCGGCCUGGAGAGUACUACCACAUCCACGGCUCGCUCGAGGCCUCGACGACGCUCUCCAUGCUGGAACUGAAACCUUUCCGUCCCGACCUGAGCGCACUCGGCCAUGAGGCCAUCGUGGAGGAGAUUGAGUCCCACGUCAAGCUGUUCACGCCGGCCGAGCUCGAGGAGCUCAACGCCAAGAACCGCCAAGCGGGCGUCCCUGCCUUGAGGCAUGAUGAAUUUCUGAAGACGGCCCAUGGCACGGUAAACAUGAGGCUCCCACCUUGGAGCGUCGACCAGCUUGAGUCGGAGACCCCACCCUGUCCGCUCCCCGCCGCCAGCAGCAGUAGCAGUAGCAACGGCACCAGGGCUCGGCCACUGGCCGGAAUCAAGGUGCUGGAGCUGAGUCGCAUCAUUGCGGGGCCUAUCAUCGGGCGCACCCUGGCCGAGUACGGGGCCGACGUGCUCAAGAUAACGGCGCCGGCCCUCAGCGACGUGCCCUUCUUCCAGGUCGACAGCAACAUGGGCAAGCGCACCGCCGAGCUCGAUCUCAAGUCCGAGGCCGGCCGCAGCCAAUUCGAGCUUCUGCUGGCCGAGGCCGACGUCGUCGUCGACGGGUACCGGCCGGGCGCCAUCGAGCGGCUGGGAUACGGCCCGGAGAAGCUGUCGGUACUGGCCCAGAAGCGCGGGCGCGGAUUUGUAUACGUGAGCGAGAACUGCUUUGGCCACGAUGGCGAGUGGCGCCAUCGGCCGGGCUGGCAGCAGAUUGCCGACUGUGUCAGUGGAGUCGCGUGGGAGCAGGGUCGUUUCAUGGGCCUGGAUGAGCCCGUGGUGCCGCCGUUUCCCAUCUCGGACUAUGGCACAGGCUGCAUGGGCGCCAUCGCCGCGUUGACGGGCCUGUAUCGGCGGGCGACAGAGGGAGGGUCCUGGCUUGGCCGCGUCUCGCUCCUCCACCACGAUCUUUUGCUGUUCAGGAUGGGCCGCUACCCAGAGGAGGUGCAGAAGAUGCUGCUCCAGUGGUCGCCGGCGUCUUCCAACGGCAUCAACGGCCAUCGCGGUGCUAAUGGCGUCACGAACGGCCACCGAGCCGACGCGAGAGACGAGUUUCUCGCCAUGAGGCACAGCAACAGCGUCGAUCAGGUGUCCAAGGCGGCCUUGGCGUGGAUGCGGCACAAAUACCCGAGCUUCUUCGAGGACGAGCUGCCGGGCAUGACGGAGCGGUGGAGGUCGGCGGCGUACGGGGCCGAAGUGUUGGUGGUGCAGCCCGUGGUGCAGCUGGACGGCAUCGAGUUCGGCUUCGCUCGGGCGAGCAGGCCCAACGGUAGCGACGACGCAACAUGGGGCGGGUUCGGCGGACCAGGCGACGAUGUUCGUCUGGCCUAGUUGGUCUGGCAUAUAUGUGGCGUUUAGGUUUUCAGGGCGUCUUCCUCAGGGCGUCUUUUUCAGGGCGGUGCUGUUGUUGAGGUGGCUGGCGGCAGUCUCGGGAGUCACCAUAGUCUCCAUCUCUGUAGGGGUUUAGAGUGAGGCUUGCAGCCGUACGCAUGCGAAUGGAGUCGCUCAAUAUUAUGCAUAGAAUACACCCAUCAGCCAAGCCGAGUGAUCCAUGAGAUCAAAUCUCGAUGCCGG